CCUAUUUCUCUCUCUAAACGCAUACUCUCUCUCUAAACCGCCCUAUUUAACUCACCCUUUCCUUGCUCCCCUAUCAUUCAACAGCACUCUCAAGCAUACUGUUUUACACUCUCUCUCUCUAUACAUAUAUAUAUACACACACACAUACAUAUUAGCUAUUAUGGGCAGUGUUUGUGCUGAGCAGCACAAGUUCCACCCCUCCCACCAACUCCUCCUCAACAAGAAAACCCUCCGUGAAAUUGACAUUCCGCCGCGAAAACUCCUCGACCGACGUGCCACCGCCGCUGCGAUGUCGCCGGAAACCGUUGAGAUGUUUCUCGAUUCGCCGAAGGUCGACGAGACUCUCCUACACAAAUUCUUGCCCUACAACGGCAGUGACGAUGAUGACGCCGACCCGUACUCGUCGGACCACUUCCGGAUGUUCGAGUUCAAAGUUCGGCGAUGCACUCGAAGCCGGAGCCAUGACUGGACCGACUGUCCGUUCGCUCACCCAGGUGAGAAGGCUCGCCGGAGGGACCCCAGAAGGUACCACUACUCGGGCACCGUCUGCUCAGAAUUUCGCCGCGGCAGUUGCAGCCGCGGCGAGAACUGCGAGUUCGCGCACGGGGUGUUCGAGUGUUGGUUACACCCGGCUCGAUAUCGAACCGAGGCAUGUAAAGAUGGCAAGAAUUGCAAGCGUAAGGUUUGUUUCUUUGCUCAUACGCCUCGUCAGCUUCGUAUUUUGCCUUCGCAUUGUCAUGACAAUUCUUCGCCGGUGAAUUCUCCGGUGGCGGCGGUGGAGAGGAAGUACCGUAGUUCUAAUCAUUGUUGUGUCUUUUGUCACUCUGUCACUGCCUCUCCGACCUCUACUUUAAUGGGUAUGUCUCAUUUGUCACCACCGAUGUCGCCGUCGCUCUCCCCGCCAAUGUCGCCGGCGAAAACCCGCUCGUCGAGGGGGUAUUCGCCGAUUUCUAGGUACGCGGAUCGUCUGGCAGGUAUUGAUUCAUGUGGGUUGAAAUUGAAUCAGUUUAAUCAUGGGGUUCUGAGUUACAAAGAUGGUCUUACCGAGUUGAUUAGCUCUUUGGACGCCAUGAAUAUGAAUCAUGAAGCAGUUACUAACAAUAGCACUGUGUCAUGGGUCGAUGGACAGACUCUGAAUUGUGAUGAUCAACAGCAGCUUAUUCGCUCUUCUUCGGACCCAAAUCCAUCUGGGUCUAGAGAUUCUUUCAGUAUUGGUGAUUCUUCUUCUUCAAGUCGCAAAAGCUUCAUUGAUGACAAUGGAUCGGCUUGUCCUGAUUUUGGGUGGGUCAAUGACCUCCUUCAAUAAGAAGGUUAUUGAGCAUGGUGUGAUGUGAUGAUUGAUGAUGACGAUAAUGAUGAAAGAUUGGUGACUAGUAUGAGAAGGAUAUAUGUGUAUAUGGUCAGGAGACUUCUGUAUCCAUUUUUCUUUUGAAAUUGUACUUUUUCGUUUAAUAAGUCUGUUGAAUUCGAUCUAAGUGUGAGUUCUUUAUAUAUAAAUCAAUGUAUGAACCUUGUUCAGUUUCUGUUUCUUGUGUUUUGAGAGAGAUUUGAGUUUUUGAGAGUUGUUUGAUGUAUUGAUUUCAAAUGUAUAACAUUGAACAGAUGAUG